CCCGCGGCCGCCGGGGACAAAGCGCCAGCGCCGCCGCCACCCAGCGGGCCCGGCCCAGCGGGGCCUGCGCCGCGAGUUUCCAUCCCUGGAUAUAAGGUGGGGGACAGAGCUGCGUGCCACAAGGCUGAGCCUCUCAGAGGUCACCGCUGCAUUCCUCCUUCGCUUGCCAGGCACUGUGAUUCAGACAGAAGACCCCAAGCAGCCAGAAAUUACCCAGAUGGAGAAACAGAGGCCCGGAGAGGCCGACGGUGUGCCCCGGAGCUCACAGCCUGCAGAGGACACAGCUGUCGUGUGAGACGGGCAGAGACUGGAGAGGUGCGGCGGUGAGGGGAGCGGGGCCCCCACCGACCCCGCGGCCCCGCGGCCCGGGCCGGGCGCAGCAUGAAGCUGGACGAGCGCAGCCUGGCCCGCUACGCCACCUGCGACGCGCCGGUGGACCGGGCCGGCUUCCUGCACAAGCGCGGCGGGCGGCACGCGGCCUUCCAGCGGCGCUGGUUCGUGCUGCGCGGGAACAUGCUCUUCUACUUCGAGGCGGCGGCCGAGGCGGCGCCGGCCCCCGAGCCGCUGGGCGUCAUCGUGCUCGAGGGCUGCACGGUGGAGCUGGCCGAGGCCGCGCACUUCGCCUUCGCCUUCGCCGUGCGCUUCGCGGGCGCGCGCGCGCGCUCCUACGUGCUCGCGGCCGACAGCCAGGGCGCGCUGGAGGGCUGGGUGAAGGCGCUGUCGCGCGCCAGCUUCGCCUACCUGCGCCUGGUGGUGCGCGAGCUGGAGCAGCAGCUGGCGGCCGCGCGUGCGGGCUGCGCCCCGCCCCCGGCCUUGCAGGCCCCGCCCCCGCCGCAGGCCCCGCCCCCGCCCAAGGCCGAGGGCCGCGCGGCCUGGAGCACCGAGGCCCCGGUGGUCCCGGAUCGCCGCGAUCGCCCGCCGCUGCCGCCCCGCCGUCGGGCCUCGGCCACCCCCGAGCCCCCCGCCGCGGCGCCGUUCGCGCGGCUGCACGAGUGGUACGGGCAGGAGGUGCGGGCGCUGCGCACCCAGUGGCGCAGCCGCGCGCAGCUCUGAGCGGCCGGCGGCCCGGCCUGGGCGGG